AUGACGACUCUAAACCCCCGUGGGCCAUACUCUCCGGAGGAGCUCGAGAAACUUUAUCCAAAAGGCUUAAAGCUACAAUUGGUGCAAGUGUUCCUCCGCCAUGUCUGGCCUUACUGCAGCGUUGCGAAGCAGAUGGUUGAGGCUGCUGCGAGUAAACAAGAUCUCUCAAGCUGGGACGGAUUUCAAUGGCGUCGGAAGAUCGAGACCUUUGGUGACAACGAUGAAGCGAGGGUUGCCUCUGGACCCAAUGGGUUGAUUGAGGGCAUUUGCCAACACGGUCAGCUCACCGACAAGGGCCGUGAGACAACCUAUGCUCUGGGUCAACGCCUGCGUCAUCUAUAUGUUGACCAGCUUGGAUUCAUGCCUAAGAUCAAGGAGGAUACAGAAGAUAUGUACAUGCGUGCUACAUCUAUUACUCGUGCUCUGGAGUCUAUGCAGCAGGCUUUCUGGGGAAUGUAUCCUUCUAAUGCUCGCACCCUGGACUUCCCCCCGCCAAUUAUUGUUGCGCGCCCUGUGAACGAGGAGACACUUUUCCCUAACGAGAGUAAUUGUCGACGAUUCCGACAGCUUGCUCGUCUAUUUGCGGAUCGCGCUGCUGUGCGCUGGAAUGACUCUGAGCAGAUGGAUUAUCUAAACAAGGUCUGGUCCAAGUACAUGCCUGCGACAUCACCAAAGGUUGCUGUGGAUGCUCACCCUCGUCUUUCUGGGAUCAUGGAUACUAUUAACGCCACUGAUGCUCAUGGGCCGGCCACAAGGCUUCCAUCCGACUUUUACGACAAGAAGGCUCGCGCUAUUCUUGAUCGUAUUGCGGUGGAGGAAUGGUUUGCCGGUUAUAACGAAAGCAAUGAAUACCGUAAAUUGGGAAUUGGCGCCUUAAUGGGUGACGUCGUUGACCGCAUGGUCAGUACCGCAGUCGAUGGUGGCUGGCGCAGCGAGACUUCUGCGUCCGGAUCGAAUGUCCCGGGAACUGGAAAGGCUAUCAAGUUCGCUUUGAGUGGAUGCCACGAUACUACCCUUGCGGCUAUUCUGUCUAGUAUCGGCGCUUUCCAGAAUGGUUCAUGGCCCCCUUUCACCUCGUCUAUUGCCGUCGAGCUCUUCUCUCGAGCUCCUCACCAAUCAGCAGAUGCUGGUACAAUGCUAGAGGAAUUCUCUAACCCGGCAGUUUCAUCUAAGAAGGGCGGAGUGUUGUCUUCGAUCUUUGGUGGUGGGGACAAGUCCGCAUCUCAACAACUUGCUCCCUCCGCAACUGCACGUGCACCUCUUCAAUCUUUGCCUGACGAAUCGCGUGAUUCUCUGCGCAAGCACUAUGUUCGUAUUCGCUACAACGACCAGCCUGUAACCAUUCCAGGCUGUGCUGCAAAGCCUGAGAACCACCUCCCUGGCGAUGAGACCUUCUGCACGCUCGAUGCUUUCAAGAGCAUCGUCGAUAAGUUUACUCCGAAGAACUGGGUUGCCGAAUGUAUGCAGAACCUGGGUGAAGGCAUGCAUGGCCCCAAUGACUCGGAGCGCAUCCCCGCUGAUUCGUAG